AUGCAGAAGUCACUUCUCCCCAUGAAUAUCUACAUGCAGAAGCCAUUUCUCCCCAUAAACAGCAUGAUCACCAUGCAGAGGCCAUUAUUUCUCCCCACAAACAUCUCCAUGCAGAGAAAUUUUCAUUUUUCUGGUCAGACUUCAACAGCCAGAAAUAAUCAUGUUAGUGCAGCAGAGGAUGAUGAGUACAUAGAUAUAGAAGUGAACUCUUUUUCUCCAAAAACCACAGACUUUGAAUUCCAGAUGCCUUCUUCUUUGAAUGACAAAGAGCUCACUGUGCUCCCAGCAGAUGAUCUCUUCUACAAAGGGAAACUCCUCCCUCUUCUCCUCCCUCCACGGCUUCAAACCGUCCAAAACCUCCUCAAAACCACCCCAAUAGGAGAUCACCACUCCAUUGUUGAGGAAGAUGAUGAUGAUGAUGAUGAGUUCAUCAUUAUGGAAUUUGCAAGCUCUACACCUACACCUUGGGAAAACAGUACUAGUGGUACUCCAGUAGAGCCAUUCAGACUGAGCUUUUCACUCACCCCUGCUGAAAACUUUAAAAGGUCCACUUGUUUGAGCACUUCCAUUAUUAAGCACCAAGAGAAGAAACAUUCUUGGCUCAUCAGUAAGCUCAGACUGUUUAAGAAGUCGUUGAUCGGUAACAGGGGAAAGGGUUCAAGGGUUUGUAGCCUCAGAUCAUUUUUCAGAAAGUCUGCCUGUAUAAAUGUUUCUUCUGCAAUGGCUCUGGACUACAAUAAACACUUGAAAGCAGAACAAAAGAAAACCCUAUUUGGGCAUAUAGGAAUGUGGAGGCAUCCAAUUAACAGGGAGGGGAUUAAGGAUAAAGUGGUGAUGAGGAGUUAUCACAGAAGGCCAUCACUCUCAUUCUCAUCUGCAGAAUUCAAAUUCAAAGGGCGUUCCUUUUCCUCUUCAUCUUCAUCUUUCUCCUCCUCCUCCUUCUCAUCCAUUUCCUUCAGUUCAAGGGAUUUUUAUGAUGAGCUCAACUCCCAAAAGCGAAGCUGCAGUUUCACUUCAGACAUUGAUGGUCCCAUUGAGGCAGCAAUUGCUCACUGCAAAACCAUCAACACUCAUCCGUGA